UCUCUACCAUCUUCCCUAACGGCAACGGCACCACAAACAGAACUUUCCAUUUCCAUUUCUGGAGAUUUUUCAGAGAUUUCUUCUCCCAUCGAUUCUAAUUUCAAAUUCUUUCCUUUUACAGAUGGAUUUCAUCAAAGCUCUCGCCGGAAGAAAUGAUGGGUUUUUUCUUUUGACGAUGGGAGGCCCCUCUUUUCCCAAUCUCUCACAAUCCCUCUCGCCCAUUUUCCACGGGGCAGCCGAUAGCCGAUUUCUGCUAUUUCGUCUAUUCAUCCAUCGAAGAUCCACCCCACCUCAUAGGUCAAUGGAAAGUACAAAUUUCUUCAAAUCAUGCACACCACGUGAGGUGGAGGACACGUCUCAAUCACAACCUCAUAUAGACAUUGAAUUAGAAAAUGAUAUAAAUGAAUUAAGAAGCUCUAAUGUAUAUACGGGUGAUUCAGGCAUAGAUGAAAAUGCAUCUAAUUUGAAAAUUGGUAAGGAAUUUGAAACAGAGAAAGAUGCAUACAAGUUUUACAAUAGUUAUGGAUGGAAAGUCAGUUUUAGUGUUCGGAUUGAUACUAGAACUAUAGACCGUAAGACGAGAGUAGUGAAAAUGAGAAAAUUCGUCUGCUCUAGAGAAGAUAAAUGACCAUCUGAUAAACGUAUGUAAAUGUGAAGCAACACCGCGAUGAAACAAGAAUAGGUUGUAAGGCAUACAUGACAAUUAGGUUAGGAGUUAACGGUAAAUAUCAAAUUACCAAUUUUAAUAGUGAUCAUAAUCAUAUACUUGCAUCUCCAUAAGAAUCACAUUUACUAAGAUCACAACGAAAACUUUCUGUAGCUCAAGUAAUGGUAGCUGAUUACUGCGACAGAUCUAGUAUAAAGCCAAAAACAACAUUUGAUUUAAUUAGCAGACAAGCUGGUGGUCGACAAUAUGUUGGACAUAAUAUGAUAGAUUUCAAGAAUUACUUACGGACGAAAAUGAUGAAUGCAAUGAAACAAUUCGAUGCUGAGGGUCUACUGCAAUUUUUCAAAACAAAGAAAGUUGAAGAUCCAAAGUUCUUUUACUCUAUUCAAAUUGAUUCUGAAGAUCGUAUUACCAAUAUUUUUUUGGGCAGAUGGAAUAAUGAUUUUAGAUUACGAUCGUUUUAGAGAUGUGAUUUGUUUUGACACGAUAUAUAAAACAAAUGAGUAUGGACGACCAUUUGCACCAUUUCUUGGUGUUAAUCAUCA